AAUGACUGUUACACCCGGCACACCCAUAAUGAUUUUUACUUAAUUAUUCAAUUUUAUAGCAUUUUUUAUCACUAAACCCUUUCGAAAUUCGCAGUUCAGUUGUAUAGAACAUCUCUAUUUACUUUAUAUUUUUGUGCAAUAUUACUUACACAAGAUAGAAAUACUAUUGGCACAAUUGCUGAUCGACAAUUUUUAAAUUAGGGUAAACAACUUCGUGGCUGGCUGGUGACUUUUGUAGUAAGUUCUAGGUCAAAGGACGUCCUGAUUGACUUUAGUAAUCAUAAUCAUUUAAGUGUUUAAGUCGUCUUGUUUUUUAAAGUUGGAGCUUAUUUCACAUACUUAAACAUUAUUUUGUUAUAAUACAAAAUGUCUGAACCAAUUCGAGUUGUUGUUACUGGGGCUGCUGGCCAGAUUGCUUACUCUCUUUUGUACAUGGUCGCAAAAGGGGAUGUCUUUGGACCCAACCAACCUUUGAUCCUUCACCUUCUGGAUAUCCCUCCGAUGAUGGGAGUUCUGGAAGGUGUUGUUAUGGAAUUGGCUGAUUGUGCACUUCCCUUGCUACAAGCUGUGGUGCCUACUGCAGAUCCUGCGGUCGCUUUCAAAGAUGUUUCUUCCGCUUUCUUGGUGGGAUCGAUGCCAAGAAGGGAAGGAAUGGAGAGAAAAGACCUCCUUUCUGCAAACGUUAAGAUUUUUAAAGUUCAAGGGGAAGCUUUAGAUAAAUAUGCUAAGAAAGACGUCAAAGUCCUAGUUGUAGGAAAUCCGGCAAAUACUAAUGCUCUAGUGUGCUCGAGAUAUGCACCCUCUAUUCCUAAGGAAAACUUUACCGCUAUGACCAGAUUGGACCAAAACAGGGCCCAAGCACAAAUUGCUGCCAAAGUUGGCGUUCCAGUUGCACAAGUCAGCAAUGUUAUUAUUUGGGGAAAUCAUUCUUCGACACAGUUCCCCGAUGCAGCACAUGCUGUUGUAGUAGUUGAUGGAAAAGAGGUUAAAGCUUCAGAAGUAGUCAAGGAUUCUGAUUGGAUUAGAAAUACAUUUGUACAGACUGUACAGAAGAGAGGUGCUGCUGUGAUUGGGGCCAGAAAGAUGUCAUCUGCCAUGUCCGCCGCCAAAGCCGCUUGCGACCACAUGAAGGAUUGGUUCAGUGGAACUGCCCCAGGCAAAUUCGUUUCUAUGGGCGUAAUCAGCGACGGCUCUUACGGUGCACCGAAAGAUGUAGUAUUCUCCUUCCCAGUGUCCAUCCAGAAUGGAAAAUGGCAGAUCGCUCAAGGCUUACUCCUUGACGAUUUCGCCAAGGAAAUGUUGGCGACAACCGGCAAGGAACUAGUAGAGGAAAGGGCAGAGGCCACGGCCGUAGUUGAGGCAUGACUAUCUAGCAGGCUUUAAAAUGUUGAACUAAAAAUCAGAAUUGUUAAAAAAAAUUAUUGUAGAUUACAAAAUCUUCAUUGCCAUGAUUUUAAACGUAGCAUUAGUUGCACAUCUUUAUUUAAUAUGGCUUUUAAGUAUUUUAUACAAUGUUUACUUGCAUUAUCUGUUUUAAUUGUGUAAUUCCUGUUUAUUGGUGUUUAUUUCUUUGUUUUAGUUUGACCUUUUAAGGCAUUUUUAUCUAAUCUAAAUUAAGUAAGAGAAGUAUUUUCAACUAUAGCAUUUAUUGGUGUACUGGUAUUUUUAUUUUUAUUAUAAUUUCAAAAACAUUAUGGCUUUAGAUCCUUUAGAUAAAUUAGAUUUAUUAGAUUUAUAUUUUGGUUAUGGCAAUGUUGAGCGUUGUUUUUGUUUGUCUGCUGUUUAGAAAUAAACGAAUUAUUUUUGUUA